GCUCACACAUGCAUCACCACUCACAAAAGUGUUUCAGAGACUCAAGCUCUGGCAAAGUGUGUCAAUGGCUGACGCCUAUCACCGACACGUCUAACAACAACGAUCGCAAGCCCUAAAUGCCCGCCAACCGGACGCGGUAGUAGCGCCGGCACCGGCUGUCUCUUCCGGUGACUCUCCGAGCGAAUUCCGGUCACUCUUCCUUUCAGUCGCCGACAUGCUGCGGCGGAAACCCCCUGCGCUCCUCUCUCUCCGCGCGCUCUUCUCUACCGCCGCGUUUCUCUGCAUCUUCUUCCUCUUCAGGAACUCCGAGUCUCUCCGCUACCUCCAGAGCUUCUCGUCGUCUUCUUCUUCUGUUGCCUUUCCUUUCGAUGAUUCCGCUUCCGUCAGCAAGGAAUUUACGCUUGACAAAGUUUUGAAGGAUGCCUCCAUGCUCGACAAUACUGUUAUUUUAACAACAUUAAACGAAGCAUGGGCAGCUUCAAAUUCUGUUCUCGAUCUCUUUCUUGAGAGUUUCAGGAUUGGAAAUGGCACCUUUAAGCUGUUGAACCAUUUGGUUAUUAUUGCCUUGGAUGAAAAGGCAUUUACACGUUGUGUGGAAGUCCACAAGUAUUGCUUUCCUCUUGUAACUGAAGGAGUUGAUUUCCAUCAAGAGGCAUAUUUUAUGACUCCGGAUUAUUUGAAGAUGAUGUGGAGAAGGAUUGAUUUUCUUCGCUCUGUCCUGGAGAUGGGCUACAACUUCGUUUUUACAGAUGCUGAUAUCAUGUGGUUCAGGGAUCCAUUUCCUCAGUUUUACGUGCAUGCAGAUUUCCAGAUCGCAUGUGACCAUUUCUUCGGUAGCUCUUAUAAUAUACAUAACAAGCCCAAUGGAGGAUUUUCCUAUGUCAAGUCCAACAAUAUGACAAUCAAUUUCUACAAGUUUUGGUACUCUUCUCGGGAAACUUAUCCCGGAUACCAUGAUCAGGCUGUUCUCAAUAUGAUCAAGUUUGAUCCUUUCAUCACGAGCUCUGGACUGAAGAUUAGAUUCUUGGAUACCGCUUACUUUGGCGGGCUUUGCGAGCCUAGCAGAGAUCUGAAUCAAGUUUGUACAAUGCAUGCUAACUGCUGUUUUGGUUUGAGUAGCAAGCUUCAUGACCUUAGAAUUAUGCUCGAGGACUGGAAAAUUUUUGUGUCUUUGCCACCAAGUUGGAAGAGAUCCCCGGACAUAUCCUGGAGGGUUCCUGAAAAUUGCAGCCUUGAUUCUCUUCAACGCUAUGAUUCCCCACCAGAAAAUUCGCAUGCUUUGCACGAUGGAGUAAACUCAUCAAUAUGGUCCGGGGAGGUUUGAAUUUUCGAGUUCACCAUAUCGAAAAACGUCCUGUGUGGUGUUGAUGAGCUUGUUUGUUGCUGUCUCCCCAAGUCCCACCGAGAACGAGGGAUGAGCUCUCUGAAGUGUUAAUAGAAUUCUUGAAGAGGGAAAAUGAUAUCAUUUGGAAGAGAAAACGCCUUUAGAACCAAAAGAGAGAGCCUUUUGCUUACGUAAAUGACAGAAUUUACGCUUGUUUUGGAGUACCAUCAUCGAGGCUGAACUUUCCUUUGAGGACGUUGGUAACGUGCUAAGAUAGUUUUUGUAAAUCAAGUACGCUAACCAAGAUAACAUGAACAUUUUUUUUCCCUCCUGGAAUUUGUUGUUUAGAAAAUGUUUUACUUGCAGUAUUGUUACUUCCUGUACUUGAAAAAGUAGCAUUAUUCUUCAGAAACAUUGUGGAA